AUGUCUUUCCUUCAUAAUCAUUCUUGCGAGUGCGUUAAGUCAGAAUUGGAUUUGUUUGCACUACCGUCUACACAAACUAGCAUUGAAAAUGGAUUGUGGAUUCAUUAUAAACCAAUUUCAUCUCUUGGUGAUGAUGGACCUAUCGAGUUUCAAGUUCCUGGGACCGGCGAUGACUACAUAGAUUUGUCUCAUACAUUACUCCACAUAAAGGCAAAAGUAUUAAAUCAAGAUUCAACUAACUUGGUAUCUACUACAAUAGUAGCACCUGUAAAUAAUUGGCUGCAUUCACUUUUUAGUCAACUUGAUGUUUAUUUAAACCAAAAACUUGUAUCACCACCUAAUAAUACCUAUGCAUAUCGAACAUACAUGGAAACCCUUUUAAACUAUGCCCCUGCUGCUAAACAAUCUCAUCUUACUUGUAGCCUUUGGUAUGAGGAUACAGCAGGAAAAAUGGAUUCUACAGAUGGUAAAAACAUAGGAUUUGUUAAAAGACAGGAAUUGAUUAGUGAAAGUAAGGAAAUAGAAAUGAUUGGUCAUCUUCACGGUGACAUUUUUAACCAAGAUAAAUUUUUAAUUAAUGGUGUUGAAAUGAGUGUUAAAUUGGUUCGAUCAAGAGAGAGUUUUAAUUUAAUUGUUGGGUCGAACGAUGUAAAGUUUAAAGUUUGCAUUACGGACGCAACUCUUAUUGUGCGACGAGCACGAAUUAAUCCAAGUGUAUUACUCGCACAUCAAAAAGUUUUAGCUUCUACCACUGCUAAAUAUCCUAUUACUCGAGCUGAAGUAAAAGUUUUAACAAUUCCUUCAGGUGUUCAAGGAAAAACUCUUGAUAAUAUAUUUUUAGGACAGGUACCGAAAAGAUGUAUAAUUGGAUUUGUGAACAAUUCUGCAUUUAAUGGUUCCCUUACUAAAAAUCCAUUUAACUUUGAAAACUAUGGUAUUAAUUCUUUCAGCUUAUAUAUUGAUGGUCAACAAAUACCUUCAAAAGCUUUGCAACCAUCUUUUAAUAAUAGCAUAUUUACAUCAGCAUAUCAUACUCUAUUCUCGGGAACUGGUAUUCACUUUCUUAAUGAAGGAAAUGGAAUCUCUUGUGAACAGUAUGGCAAAGGUUACUGUCUAUUAGCAUUUGACUUAACUCCUGAUUUAUCAGCUAACUCAUCAACUCAUUGGAAUCUCAUAAAGCAUGGUAGUGUAAGAAUAGAAGUACGAUUUGAAUCCUCAUUAAUACAAACAAUUAACUGUAUAGUUUAUGCUGAGUUUGAUAAUAUUAUUGAGAUAGAUAAAAACAGAAAUGUUACUGUAGACUAUAGUAGUUAA